AUGACUGGUACGUACUGUUCAAAACUGUUCAAAACUUAGGGUCUGUUUAUAUAAUCCUGCCUAGACAGGAUGUUGCCAUUGCAAUGAAGCCAUUUAAGUGCUUGACAUCAUAUUUUUGUUGCAAUAAAGGCAACAUGCAUGUUCAAAAGGGAAAAGUUCAUCCCACCUAGCCUGGAUGAAGUGUUUAUAUAGGAGUUUUUCAUCCCGGCUAGGCGGGAUGAAGUGUUUAUUUUUCAUCUCGUUGAGGCGGCAUCUGUUACCAAGACCCCGUCUAGGCGGGAUAAAUGGCAGGAUCAUAUAAACACUCUUUCGAAUUUGAAUUACGAGCAGGAUCUUGGUAAGCAUCCAGUCCCGCCUGGUGGGAAUCAUAUAAUCAGGCCCCGACUUAUUAAUUAGUACUGGUAAAAUCUUGUCCAGGGCUUUACUUGUACACUUAUACACAAUGACUCUAUAGUCAUGAGUUAUUGAUAUAUUCACAGCACACAGUUGUGCUGCAUUCUCAGAAAAAUAUAAAUACAUGUGUCUUAGAUUAUCAAGUCACAUGUACAUUAAUUUGUUACAGGUAGCACAAGCUGCUCAAGAGUUGCAGUUGUUACAAAUCCUGGAACCGCAAUGCCAAAUUCUGGUACAAUGGGUAAUGACACAUGUGUGACAAAGUUAGGAAAAGGAAUUGAGUUUGUUCUUGGGAAGUCAGCUGAAGUUUUAGAAUUUGACAAAGCACGGCAGAAACAUAAGCAGUCACCUUCUGAUAAGUUCAUUCUUGACAAGUUUAUGAAAAGGGUGGCUGUUAUGGAGGUAAAAAUUUCAAAGCAAGAACGCCUACUCCGUGCAGAACUUGGUCAAUGGGAAAAAGACUUUUACCUGAAAAACAACAAAGUUGCUACUCAAGAAGACAUAACAGAAUGUCUUCAUGCAAAAGCUCUCAGGAACAAGCUAAAAUAUGCUAAAGCUAUCCUGAUGAAAGUAAGGAACAAAAAAUAG